AUGCUCACAUCGUCCCUCACGGCGGAACAUCCCAUUUAUCUGCUGCUUUUCUGUGGACUGACCUAUUCGUUCCUGUCCAUUCGAGUGAAUUUAGCGCACCUGUGCAGACGACGACUCGGCUAUCACUUCUCGCCGAUGUAUUCGCUGAUUUUGCUUACGUUGAACCACUUCAUUGGACUCAUCAACGAAUCGGCGAUGUUGUUUGCAUGCUUCGGAUUUUUCAUGUUCUAUUACAUCGUCUUCUUGUUUGUGACGGUGGAUCAGAUUAAGCGCCGCUUGGGAAUCCGUGUAUUCCACGUUACGAAGAAGAUUGAGUGCAUUGUUUGUUGGUAG